AUGUCUGUCACCGACGUUGAGACUGAGCCUCACAAGCUCUACGACACCAUCCUCGUUCUGGACUUUGGCUCCCAGUUCUCUCACCUUCUCAUCCGCCGUAUGAGAGAGUUCAACGUCUAUGCUGAGCUUCUGCCGUGUACACAAAAAGCCGCCGACUUGGCCUGGAAGCCCAAGGGUAUCAUCCUGAGCGGUGGUCCUUACAGUGUCUACGAGGAUGGUGCCCCUCACGUUGAUCCCGCCUGGCUGGACUAUGGCGUUCCCAUUCUCGGCAUCUGCUAUGGUAUGCAGGAGCUUGCCUACCGUCUUUCUCCCGAUAACGUUAUUGCCGGCACUGCCCGAGAGUACGGUCUUGCCGUUCUCAAUGCUAGCAAGGUCAGCGGUCACGUCGACCGUCUCUUUGAGGGCAUUGGUGAGGAUAUGCGUUGCUGGAUGUCCCACGGUGACAAGCUCGCCAAGCUCCCCGAUGGCUUCCACACCAUCGCCACUACCAAGAACUCCGAGUACGCCGCCAUCGGCCACAGCGAGAAGCCCAUCUACGCCAUUCAGUUCCACCCCGAGGUCACCCACACCGAAGGCGGUGACAUUAUUCUUAAGAACUUUGCCGUCGGCAUCUGCAAGGCCCAGCAGAAGUGGACCAUGGCCAGCCUCGUCGACCAGUGGAUCACCCGCAUCCGCAACCUCGUCGGUACCAAGGGCCAGGUUCUUGGUGCCGUCUCCGGCGGUGUCGACUCGACGGUCGCCGCUAAGCUGAUGCACGAGGCCAUCGGCGAUCGCUUCCACGCCGUCAUGGUCGACAACGGCUGCCUGCGCCUCGACGAGGCCAAGAAAGUCAAGCAGACUCUCGAGGGUCAUCUUGGCAUCAACCUGACUGUUGUCGACGCCAGCAAGCAGUUUCUCGACGGUCUCGCCGGCGUCACCGACCCCGAGGCCAAGCGCCGCUUCAUCGGCGGCAAGUUCAUCGACAUCUUUGAGGCCGAGGCCGAGCGCAUCGAGAAGGAUGCCGCCCACUCGGACCGUGCCGGCAAGGUCGAGUUCUUCCUUCAGGGUACCCUCUACCCUGAUGUCAUCGAGAGCAUCUCGUUCAAGGGCCCCAGUCAGACCAUCAAGACGCACCACAAUGUCGGCGGUCUGCCCAAGCGCAUGACCGAGGGCCACGGCCUCAAGCUCAUCGAGCCCCUCCGCGAGCUUUUCAAGGAUGAAGUCCGCGAGCUGGGACGCCAGCUCGGCCUCCACGAGGAGCUCGUCAUGCGCCAUCCUUUCCCUGGUCCCGGUAUUGCCAUCCGUGUCCUCGGUGAGGUAACCCCGGAGCGUGUCGAGAUUGCUCGUCGCGCUGAUCAUAUUUUCAUCAACAUGAUCCGUGAGAACGGUCUCUACAACGAGAUUGGCCAGGCCUUCGCCGCUCUCGACCCUAGCCGUGCUGUCGGUGUCAUGGGUGACAAGCGUGUCUACCAGUACAUCAUCAUCCUCCGCGCCAUUCAGACCAGGGAUUUCAUGUCCGCCAACCCUUACCCCUUCGACCACAAGCUGCUAAACGAAAUCUCCACUCGCAUCACCAACGAGGUUGACGGCGUGUGCCGUGUCGUCUACGAUGUCACCAGCAAACCUCCUGGCACUAUCGAGCUGGAGUAG